AUGUUGGUUGUACUCGCGGGAAUCUUCGUCGUUCACGUCCUCUCGCUAAUCCUCCUCCUCAUCGCGACCAUCGACAAUGCUUGGUGGUUCACAAACAUCAUGAGCACGGAUAUCUGGAGACAAUGUGUGUUAUACAACGGAGUGUACAACUGUACUGAGAUACCACAGAGCACACCACAAGAUUAUCUCCAGGCAGUUCAGGCGACCUCGAUCCUGGCUUGCAUCUUCUGCUUCCUGAGCCUCAUUGUGUUCAUCGCUCAGCUCUUCACUUUGCCCAAGGGACGCAGGUUCACAUUCACUGGGAUAUUUCAACUGCUGGCCU